AUGGUGUUUCAUCACGACAUUGUCUAUUUUAUUCAAGCCCUGCUUAUCUUCUGCUGUUUUGUGGAUGCGGCGAGUUACGACAUGACUGGCCAGUGGGACAUCACCUACGGAGACACAGCACCUCAACUUUCGCACAUUAAGGACAGUCGUGAUGAUGGAAUAUCGUUCGAAGCCAACCAAGCGAGGAUGUCCAUAUACUCGAAACACAUCUACCAGGGGAAGAAGCUGGGAGACUUUUCUCUCCCGGGGACUCAACACCUGAAGUUGGAGUACUGGGAUGAACCCCCGCACAGGACAAGUGACCAUGAGUUCUUCCUCCAACAUCUGGAGACCUUGGAGUUCUCUUCGCAGAGCACCUGGACUGUCGAGAUCAGGGGUAGUGGAAUAUGGCCGGGAAACAGGACUUUACUUGCAACUGUGCUCCAUAGACUGCCACUCAUCACGUCGCUUUCCUGGAUCUUAGGCGAGCCGAUUCCACUAGAGACAGUCCAAUUUCUGGAAAAAAAUCAUCCUCUCUGCCGACUUUACUACGAAUUGGACUUUGGGUAUUGGAGGCCUGAAGUUCUGGCAACGAGUCGCAGACGCGCCACCCAACGCAGACGCACCAAACAACUCAGUUCAGAAGAUGACAAGUCUUUGGCGGCAGAAGAGCAGAUUAGAGUUAUUGAACGCGAAUCGAUCCUUAACUCAACAAAUCUCCAUUCGCUCAAGGUUAGCGUGUCCAAUGGAGGGAGGGAGCGAGAGCCGGACAAGAUGGAUCUGAUUUUGCGCAUUCUCACGACCUGCCCCAACAUCAAGGAGUUGGACAUUUCGGUAUCUCGACGCAGGGGAUGCGUUGUUUACGAUACGGAUGACCUGUACGCCUUUGAUUUCACCACUUCCAAUGCGACUUUAGCUCCUCUAGAAUCGUUGACUGUUGAUGGAUACCUAUUCCACGCCAACCCGAAUGGUCUGAAGUGGAAGGAAUGGGAAGCAGACCACCCAGAACGAGAUAUCCUAUACGCACCCUGGAAAUACCUACCCGAAUCGAUAAUCAAUCAUGUCGGGUACCCAAAGAUAAAGGAGUGGGGUGGGCUACAGAGUUCGCAUGUCAAAUUGGAUACUUCGUCAUUGAAGCUUGACACAAGAACGAAUCUAGAUAUCUGGCUUCAACGAAUGGACUGGUCACAUCUCCAUACCUUGAAGAUCAAAGACGCAACUACCAAAGACCUUGAAAAGGUCGGAGGCAAUACACUUCCGAGUCUGAGGAAUGUUCAAUUUUCUGGAUAUUAUGCACAUCACCACGCCAUCCUCGACUUUAUCGGCAACAACUCCUUUACCCUAGAAUCCAUCCAAUUUGACGGCAUUAACUUCUGUUCAUUGAGCCAAGUUGUAAGCACGAUUGUCGAACAUCACAGAUCAAGUCUUCACACGCUGGUGAUCAAGCAUUUGCAGCCCCGUAGAUCGAAUUAUGUUUCGCCGAGAAAAAAUGCCUACCGCUUUCCGGGCACUUCUUUCCUCAACGUCACCCAUCUUACCCACCUCCGCGAGAGUAUACCAGGGCUUACCACUCUAGACCUCGAUAUUCUGGUAAGCGAAGAAUGGAACCAUGAACUGCUCGGUAUCCUCGUGUCAUUCUCGGAGCUGGAGUACUUGACUUUGCGAUUCGAGGCGCAGGCUGGUGGUUGGGAUGAUGAGGGUGAGGACGGCCGCCAGCACGGAGAGGAGAGAAGCUACAAAGAAAUUGACAAUAAGCUAUAUUUAAUGAUGGGUUUGAAGGAGUACUUAGCGAAGCGGAAGGUUGGAAAGCAAUUUAAGAGGCUAGAGACUUGGGUGGGAUCAGAGAUUGUUGGAGAUGCGGAGAAAUAUCCUGAUUUACAUUUUAACUAA